UUCAUAAGUCAGCUGUUGGGAACGGCAGGGUAUGGGUGGUGUGCGAAUUACAGAACCCUUUAUAUUAAGGUUUCUUGUGCAAUAGGCGGAAAACUGUAGAACACCACUACAGUUUAACCGGUCCUUGCUAGGACUGGAGUAAAAAGAUAGGUCGAAGAUGUCGAGGCACGAAGGCGUGAGCUGCGACGCCUGCCUGCGGAGCAACUUCCGCGGCCGCCGCUACAAGUGCCUGGUGUGCUACGACUACGACCUGUGCGCCGGCUGCCGCGAGGCCGGCUCCACCACCACGCGGCACACGGCCGACCACCCCAUGCAGUGCAUCCUCACCAGGGCCGACGCCGAGCUCUUCUACGGCAGCGAGGCGCUGUCGGCCGAGCAGCCGCAGUCGUUCGUGUGCCCACACUGCGGCAAGAUGGGCCUCACCGAGCUGACGCUGGCCGACCACGUGACCGCCCAGCACUCGGACACCACCACCCAGGUGGUGUGCCCCGUGUGCGCGUCGGUGCCCAACGGCGAGCCCAACCACGUGACGGAGGACCUGACGGCCCACCUGAGCAUGGACCACCGCGGCGGCGGCGGCGGAGGAGGCGGCGGCAGUGGCGGCAUCGGGGUGGGCAGCGGCGGCGGUGGCGGCGGCUCCGGCGGGUCGCGCGAUCUGAUCUCGUUCGGUGACGAGCCGUCUGCCGGCUCGCGCCAUACGGCCCGCCGCAUGCCACAUCCCGGACGGGGCGUCAGCGGGCCGCGCAUCCGCCGCUUCAACAUGCACUUCAGGGAGUCGAUGGACCCGAUCACAGAGCUGUUGUCGCAGCUGUCGGGAGUGCGGCGCGCCGCCGCCUCCACCUCCUCCGCCUCGUCCACCAACGCCAGCUCGGUGGCCAGCUCGGCCAGCACCGCCUCGCAGCUGCAGCAGCUGCAGAUGCACCUGCAGCUGGAACGGCAGCAGUAUGCGCAGGUGGUGCGGCAACACACGGAGCGUGUGCCCCGCCGACAGGCGGGC